AUGUUCUUUCAAUGGUCGAUUUUUAUUCAUUUUUGUCUAUUAAUUAUAUUUAUCAAGCCAAUAAAAUCCAGUGAAAACUGUAGUAUUGAUUAUGAUCGAUAUAAAAGAAGUUAUGGUUAUUCAUUAACUUAUCAUUGCAUAAAUCUUCAAACACUUUCAUAUGAUCUAUUACAAACUAAACCUAUUGCAGAUAAGAAAUUACCAUUAAAAAUAACUGCAAGUCCAAAUCUUCAUAUUCAUAAAGAAAUAUGUGGUUAUCAUCAAAAACAACAUUUAUUAGGUUUAUUAAUUGACUCAUCACAUAUUCGUUCAAUAGGUUCACGAGCAUUUUCUUGUCGUACAUUACGAGUUCUUUCCAUAAGUCAUACACAAUUUACAUCACCAAAUUUACCUGAUGAUAUAUUUCUUAAUGCAUCACAAUUACAAACAAUUCGUCUUGUUCAUGUUAAUAUAGCACGUUUACCAACAUCAUUAGAAACUCUAUCGAAUUUAACCGAAUUAAUUCUUGAUGAUAUGCAUUCACUUCUUGCUUAUCCAUCAAUUGAAAAUUUAAUUAGUUUACGUUAUUUACAUAUAUUUACUAGUAUAAAUUAUUUUCCAUUGAAUUAUAUCGAAAUUUUAAAUAGUUUAACACAUAUACAAAUUAUUCAUUUUGGUAGUCGUACAAUAGAUACAUUUCCACGAGAAUUAUUUCAUUUAAAUGGUUAUCAAUUAACUGAUGUAAGUCUUUAUUCAGAAAAUAUAACAUGUCAAUCAUGUAAAAUUGAUUGGUUUAAAACAAUUGUUAAAACUUUAAUGUUAUAUGGAUGGGCUAAUCGUACAAAAGAACAAUUUGUAAAUAAAAAUUUUCAUUUGAUUACAAAAACAACACAAUAUUAUAAAUUAGAUAUAAUUGCAUAUUGUGGUGAUAUGCGAUUAGGUUCAGAACCAUUGAUGGUACAUAAUGCUCCAUUAUGUUGUAAUAAAGGUUAUUAUCAUUGUGCAACUGAACGUUCUACAUGUCAACGAGUUAGUAAUACAUUUUCACGUUGUAAAUGUUUAAAUGGUUAUUAUGAAGAUAGUUAUGGUGAUUGUAUUUCAAUUUAA